ACGAAAAGUUUUAUAGGUAACCCUGAAGUUUAUAGGAUUGCAUGACUCGAGAUGUAAAUAUCCAAGUUCGGUGGAAAGCAGAGAAGGCAUAGAGAACUGAGAUUAAAUCCUUGCACACUGGGCGGAGUUUGGUGGAAUAUGAUUCGCCUCGCUAAUUUCAGCAGUAUAUAAAGGUUUGACGCGGUACUCGCAGAAAGUAUUCGCUCCUCGAGUGCAUUUCAAAGGCAAACGUUCUGGCAAUCUUGAGUUAUCUCCAAAAUGAGCAGGAAACUUUUGUGUACCGUUGCUCUGUUGGCAAUUUUGUUGUUGCUGCAACCACAUGCAGAAUCAAAGAAAGUAAUUAUCCACGUGCCUUAUCGAGUGAAGAACAUGAAGCACACGCACACGGUGUACGUUGUCAUACCACAUUACGAUCACAAGGAUUCGAAAGAAGACGAUAAAUCCGAUGAAAAGUAGAAAUAUAUUCUUGCUCGUAAUUUACAAUAGAACUCUGUUUAAUAUAGUGUAUCGUAAAUUAAAGUCCAAAGAAUAGUGUCCAUCAAUUGAAUAUUCAAACAGUAUUAUAAUUUAUUGAAAGAGUAGA